AUGCUGGGAUUGGGUUCGUGCAUCCUGCUGCAGCAAGGUUCCUUGGGGAUGGAGGAUAACGCAAAAGCGAACAAGACAGAGAUUUCAGACUUCGAUAGGUUUCUCUACAGAUACCUCGGAGCACAGAGUCCCGUGGUGCCUCUCGGUUGUGUGAUCACUGCAGGCAUCCUCCUUUCAGGGUUUCGGCAGUUCCAGAAGGGAAACAAGAUGGCUUCGCAAGUUUUCAUGAGGGCGCGUGUGGUGGCCCAAGGCGUGACGUUGGGCUUUAUGAUGACGUCCAUCUACAUCCGAGAUAAGCAGAAGAGGCUGGGCAUAGAGCUCUAG